CCACCUCCAAACUUCCCUAUAUAAGACACGACACCCAUUCUAAGCAUCACUAGCUCUCUCCCUCUCCCUCUCCCUCUCCAUCUCUCUGCUCGCUUGUGACAGUAAACAUGGGAGCUCUCAAUUAUCUUUCUGAGUAUUUCUCUAACCAUUUCUACGUCUCAAUACGAAAACGGAAGAAACGUAAAGUCAUGCAGACGGUGAAUAUUAAGGUGAAGAUCGACUGUGACGGAUGCGAACGCAAAAUCAAGAACGCUGUUUCCUCCAUCAAAGGAGCAAAAUCAGUGGAAGUGAACAGAAAGAUGCACAAAGUAACGGUGAGUGGCUACGUUGAUCCCAAGAAAGUGCUGAAGACAGUGCAGAGCACUGGGAAAAAGAAAGCUGAGCUGUGGCCGUAUGUUCCAUACACAAUGGUGGCUUAUCCAUAUGCCGCCGGAGCUUACGACAAGAGAGCCCCGCCGGGUUUUGUGAGGAAGUCGGAGCAGGCUCAGGCGCAGCCGGGAAGUACUGACGAUAAGCUCAUGUCCCUCUUUAGCGACGAGAACCCUAACGCCUGCACCGUUAUGUGAAUAAGUAUAGAUAGCAUGAGCCGAUGUUAUAAUUUGUAAUGUAUAACGUUUUAUGAAGUUAAAGUACUGGAACCUUUUUUGUUACUGUAUUAUGUGAGAAGCAACGCAACAUAUAGUAAUUACUCUGCGUUUAACUAGUAGAUUAUUUAAUGAUAUAGUUUUACUUACUUGCUUUGUAUGAA